GAACACAGUUCUGAAAAUACUUUUAAUAAUGUCGAUUUCAAGAAUUCACUUAGAAGCGCGUUUAAAUGCAAGCAAUCUGAGCAAAGUUCAUCAAUACAAAAGAUGGAAAAUGAAUUCUCUGAUUAUCAAGAGAACACGAAAAGUCUAUAUCGCAAAAAGACCUUUUUGUUUUGUUUACAGCUGUCAAGAUUUGUUAUGAUUUCAAAUUACCAAAAAUUCUGGGAUCAUGAACACAUUAAAUUGGAUGCUAAUUUAGACCCUAUAGACAUUAACAUUAUUAGUAUAUGGAAUUGGUAA